AUGGCGACCUGGUCUGGGGGGCGAAGCUUCUGGGAGCUGAGCCCGGGGGAUCAGAGGACACCCAAAGGGCUGCGAGGCCUCCGGACCAAAGAAGAGGCGGCUUCCCCGCCGGUUCUUUCUCUCAGCCACUUCUGCAAGUCACCUUUCCUCUGCUUCGGAAAUGUUCGCGUGGGAGCAUCUCGGACCCUGUCUCUGACCCUAGACAAUCCCAAUGAGGAGGUCGCUGUCGUGAAGGUCUGCCGUUUCCCUGCAGCAGACCGAGGCUUCAGUAUCUCUCCUUGCUCUUUUGAGCUGCAGCCCAAAGGAAAACUUGUGACUUCUGUUAACUGGACACCGCUCAAAGAAGGCCGAGUGAGAGAGAUUGUCACAUUUCUUGUAAAUGAUAUUUUAAAACACCAAGCUAUAUUACUAGGAAAUGCAGAAGAACAGAAAAAGAAAAAGAGAAGUCUUUGGAACGCCAUUAAUAAGAAGACUGCUUCAUCUGCUUCAGGUCAUAACACAAAGAUUUUGAGUAGUCGGAAUGUUAAUAAAACAUUUAGUGUUUCUCGAAAAGUUGAUACUGUCAGGAGCCCACUACAAGCUUGUGAAAAUUUGACUAUGACGGAAGUCUGUUCCUCAACAGAAAACAAUUCUUUAAUCCUUGAAGAAAAUAUAAUAUCUAUUUCACCAAUUAGCCCCUCUUUGCAAGACUGCCAUGGUGAAACUUGCUCAUCAAUAUCUCUGCGACGAUCUACUACCUACUCAUCUGUUCACUCGUCUGAAAAUGUGGAAUUGUUACAAGUAGAUAAUUCCACCAUUUCAAAAGAUUUUCAUUUUAAUGACCAAGGAAUAACUGGAACAUCCUUUAACUCCAUCAGUAUUAUUAAGGACCAAGUUGAAGAGAAUAAUAGACUUGUUCUUACACCGAGCAGUUCUUCAAGUUUAAAUAUUACACAAAGCAAAGGGAAUUUUCUAAGUCCAGACUCUUUUUUAGAGAACAGUCAGAUAGGUAAUAAUGAAGUAGAAUUAGCCACAUGUGUAUUAUUAGAUAAAUUUAUGAAAAACAAUACAAAGCCUAUGCAUUUAGAAUCAAAAACUGUACAUGCAAUUUAUCAAACUACUUUAAGUCCAGAAUCUUUUGUAAAUGAUAAUUAUGGACUCAGGCAAGAUCUAACAUCAGAGUCAGUUAAGCCCAUUUUAUCACCAGAUCAAUUUGGGAAAGAUAGCAUGGUGUAUAAAUAUACAUCUCAGCAAGGAUGUAAAUUAUCAACAUUAUCAAAUGAAAACUGUCACGCCUCACAACCCCCUGAAGUCUGGAGAAAAAAUAAAGGUUUAAAAUGUACUCAUAGAUAUCAGAGUUCAGAAUCUCCCAAAGCUAUCCUUGAACAACCCAAGGUGAUGGAAAUAAAGUCAAAUGACUGCAAUUUUACGAAACAAAAUCAUCCUACAUUUUCUACAGUUCAAGAUAUUUCUAGGUACAACUGCAAUAAACAAGCUAAGAGACGCCCAAUACUUUCUGCCACUGUUACUAAAAUGAAGCCCAGUUCUGCUAGAGGGCAGCAAACUGAAAGUGAUAAACCAAAGGCAAAAAGGUGUCUCGACAAUGCAAUAGGUGAAAUUGAAAAAGGAAUUGAAGAUAAUCCAAAGGAGAAAGAACCUUUCCAUUUGGGACUUCCAGUUAUAGAUCCGACUGUAAAUAAAUUUAAGGAUCAUCAAAAUGAAAUAACUCCAUCUUCCUUGAAGACAACUCUCGUUGCUCGUAAAAGAAAGAGUACCAGAAACAUGGAAAAUGUAAAUGAGAAAGCGGCAGUUACCGAACAUGCAGAAGCACAAAAAAUGAAAAGAAUUCCUUUUUCUGCUGGAGACUUUAAAACAUCAACUGCUAAAAAAGCAAAAAAAGCCCUCACACCCAUCUCAAAACAUAAUUGUACCAGAGAGAAAUUAAAAAUGAAGAAGAAACCAGAUUCAGUAAUACACAAGACUUCUGGUCCAAAAACAUGCAAGAGAAAAAAAUCUUUUGUUCCUGUAGCACAGUCCAAUUUGACCUUUAUAAAACCAUUAAAAACAAAUAUUCCUAGACACCCAAUGCCAUUUGCUGCAAAAAAUAUGUUUUAUGAUGAACGCUGGAAGGAAAAACAAGAACAGGGGUUCACAUGGUGGCUAAAUUUUAUAUUGACUCCUGAUGAUUUCACUGUAAAAACAAGCUUUUCUGAAGUAAAUGCUACAACUCUUCUUCUGGGAAUGGAAAGUCAACAGAAAAUUAGCGUUCCUAGAGCACCUACAAAAGAUGAAGUGUCUCUCAGAGCCUAUACCGCUCGGUGCAGAUUGAAUAGAUUACGCCGCACAUCCUGCCGUUUAUUCACUUCUGAGAAGCUGGUGAAAGCUAUUAAAAAACUUGAAAUUGAAAUUGAAGCUAGACGGAUAAUUGUUCGUAGAGAUAGACAUCUCUGGAAAGAUGUGGGAGAACGGCAGAAAAUCCUAAACUGGCUUUUGUCAUAUAAUCCCUUGUGGCUACGAAUUGGCUUAGAGACAGUUUUUGGGGAACUUAUAUCUUUGGAAGAUAACAGUGAUGUCACAGGAUUGGCUAUGUUUAUUCUGAAUCGUUUGCUUUGGAAUCCUGAUAUAGCUGCUGAAUACAGACACCCAACUGUUCCUCAUCUGUACAGAAAUGGGCACGAAGAAGCUUUGUCCAAGUUUACACUGAAAAAGUUAUUGCUGUUAGUCUGUUUCCUUGAUUAUGCUAAAAUCUCCAGACUUAUUGAUCAUGAUCCUUGCCUGUUCUGUAAAGAUGCUGAAUUCAAGAAUUUCUUUACUGCUAGGCGAACCAUGGAGCUUCUCACACAGAACUGGAAUCUUUCAAAGAAACUCAGGAUUCCCGCCAUAAGUCGUCUUCAGAAGAUUCAUAAUGUUGACAUUGUUUUUGAAAUUCUGAAGUCACGAGGAAUUCAACUAACUGAUGAGCAUGGAAAUACUAUACUAUCUAAGGAUAUUGUGGAUAGACACAGAGAAAAAACCCUUGCAUUGCUUUGGAAAAUAGCAUUUGCGUUUCAGGUGGACAUUUCCCUUAAUUUAGAUCAAUUAAAGGAAGAAAUUGACUUUUUGAAACAAACAAAGAGUAUAAAGAAAGCAUUAUCUGCACUGUCGUGCCAUUCUGAUAUUGUGACUAAUAAGAGAGAAGACAAAAGGAAUAGUGGUCUAUCUGAACAGUAUAGUGAAAGCAUAAAGCUGUUAAUGGAUUGGGUUAAUGCUGUUUGCGCCUUCUAUAAUAAGAAAGUGGAGAAUUUUACAGUGUCUUUCUCAGACGGCCGAGUGUUAUGUUACUUGAUCCACCACUACCAUCCCUCCUAUGUGCCAUUUGAGGCUAUAUGUCAACGUACUACUCAAACUGUGGAAUGCACACAAACUGGUUCAGUGGUUUUGAAUUCAUCAUCUGAAUCUGAUGCUAGUUUUUUAAAUAUGUCUCCUAAAGCAUCUGAUCUUGAAGAGACUUCAGAACUAUACAAAGAGCUCCUAGAAAAUGAAAAGAAAAAUUUUCAGUUAGUGAACUCUGCAGUUAGAGACCUUGGUGGAAUACCUGCCAUGAUUCAUCAUUCUGAUAUGUCAAAUACAAUUCCAGAUGAAAAGGUGGUUAUUACUUAUUUGUCAUUUCUUUGUGCAAGACUUUUGGAUCUUCGUAAAGAAAUAAGAGCUGCUCGACUUAUACAAACAACUUGGAGACGAUAUAAACUAAAAAUGGAUCUACAACGCUAUCAGGAGAGAGACAAAGCCGCAAGAAUCAUUCAGUCAGCUAUCAUCAAUUUUCUAACUAAACGACGAUUGAAAAGGGAGGUUAAUGCUGCACUGAUCAUUCAAAAAUAUUGGCGGAGAUUCUUAGCACAGAGAAAAUUAUUGAUGUUAAAGAAGGAAAAACUGGAAAAAAUUGAAAAUCAUUCAGCGUCUGUUAUUCAGGGGUAUUGGAGAAGAUACUCUACUAGAAAAAGAUUUCUGAAAUUGAAACAUUAUUCAAUCAUCCUGCAAUCUAGGAUAAGAAUGAUUAUUGCUGUUACUUCUUACAAAAGAUACCGGUGGGCAACACUUGUAAUUCAGAGGCAUUGGCGUGCUAAUUUCAGGAGAAAACAAGAUCAACAAAGAUACAAAAUGCUGAAAUCAUCAACUCUUAAAAUCCAGUUAAUGUUCAGAAGAUGGAGGCAACAGAAAAUACAAUUACAAACAAAAGCUGCAGUCAUUCUGCAAAGAACCUUCAGGGAAUGGCAAGCCAGGAAAAGAGCUAAAGAAGAAAAAUCUGCUAUUGUCAUUCAGUCAUGGUAUAGAAUGCACAAAGAAUUAAGGAAUUAUACUCAUAUUAGAUCUUGUGUUGUGCUCAUUCAGAGAAGAUUUAGGUGCUUUCAAAUCCAAAAGUUAUAUAAGAAAAAGAAAGAGUCAAUUCUUACUAUCCAAAAGUACUACAGAGCAUACCUAAAAGGAAAAAAUGAACGUACCCAGUAUUUGCAGAAACGAGCUGCAGCCAUUCAGCUGCAAGUUGCUUUUAGAAGAAUGAAAGCGAGGGAUCAACAGAGACAGAAUAGAGCUGCUUGUGUUUUACAGUCUUACUGGAGAAUGAAAAGAGAACAACUUCGCUUUGCAAACCUCAAGAAGAUGGUGAUCAAAUUGCAGGCACACAUAAGAAAAUAUCAACAACUACAGAGAUACCACAAAAUGAGGAAAGCUGCCCUUAUAAUUCAGGCUCAUUUCCGAGCUUACAUCUCGGCCAAGAAGAUCCUAGCUUCUUACCAGAAAGCACGUUCUGCUGUUAUUGUUCUUCAGUCUGCAUAUCGAGGGAUGCAAGCUAGGAAAAAGUUUAUACGUAUCCUAACAGCUGUUGUAAAGAUACAGUCCUAUUACCGGGCUUAUAUUGCCCAUAAAAAUUUUAUGACUCUAAAAAAUGCAGCAAUAAAAUUACAAUCAAUUGUCAAAAUGAAACAAACACGCAGAUACUUUCUAAAGUUAAAAGAAGCAGCACUGUGUAUCCAGCACAGGUACCGUUCCAAAAAACUUGCUGCGGUAAAGCGAGAAGAAUAUUUGCAGCUGCAGAAAUCUUGUGUCAGACUACAAGCUUAUGUGAGAGGCUAUCUGGUGCGAAAGCAGAUAAAGUUGCAAAGGAGAGCUGCCAUUUCAUUACAGUCUUAUUUCAGGAUGAGGAAGAUCCGGCAAAACUACCUGAAAAUUUAUAAAGCAACUCUUGUCAUUCAGAAUUAUUAUCAUGCAAACAAAGCACAAGUCAAUCAGAGGAAACACUUCUUGCAAGUCAAAAAAGCAGCUACCUGUUUACAAGCAGCCUACAGAGGUUAUAAAGUACGCCAGCUAAUCAAACAACAAUCCACAGCUGCUCUUAAAAUUCAGACUGCUUUUAGAGGCUAUAGUAAAAGAAUGAAAUAUCAAUCUGUGCUUCAGUCAACUAUCAAAAUUCAGAGAUGGUACAGGAUAUACAAACCUGUUUAUAAUGCAAGAACACUUUUUCUAAAGACUCGAGCAGCUGUAAUCCUUCUCCAAUCCAUUUAUCGUGGUUGGACAGUUCGGAGACAGAUCAGAAGAGAACAUAAUGCUGCAGUGAAGAUUCAGUCUGCUUUUAGAAAGAGCCAGGCCCAGAAACAGUUUCGGUCAUUAAAAAGAGCAGCAUUAGUGAUCCAGCAACACCUGAGAGCAAUAACUACAGGAAAAAAGCAACGAAUGGAGUACAUUGAACUCCGUCGUGCCACACUAAUGCUUCAAGCUGCAUGGAAGGGAAGAAGAGUAAGAAGACAGAUUCAAAGGCAACACAAAUGUGCAGUUACAAUCCAGUCACACUAUAGGAUGCAUGUACAACAAAAGAAAUGGAGAGCCAUUAAAAAAGCUGUGCUUCUGAUUCAAAUGGAAUAUAGGGCUUACAGGAUUGGCCACAAGCAGCGUCAUUUGUAUUUGAAAACAAAAGUGGCUAUAGUCACUUUACAGUCAGUUUACCGGGGUGUAAAAGUGAGAAAAAAAUUAAGAGAGAACAAUAAAGCUGCAGUCACUAUACAAUCUAAAUAUAAAGCAUAUAAAGCCCAAAAGACCUAUGCAUCACAGAGAGCGUCAGCUAUUACAAUUCAGAGAUGGUAUCGAGCUAGUAAGAUUGCAAAACAACAAUAUAGGGACUAUUGUAAGUUAAAGAAUGCAGCAAUUAAGAUUCAAGCUGUUUAUAGAGGUGCCAGAGUAAGAAGGCACAUUCAGCAUAUGCACAUGGCAGCCACUUUUAUGAAAGCCAUGUUUAAAAUGCGCCAGUCAAAAGUAAGAUACCAUGCAAUGAGAAGAGCUGCUAUUGUAAUUCAAGUAAAAUAUAGAGCAUACUGUCAAGGUAAAAUACAGCGUGCGAAAUACUUGUCCAUUUUGAGAGCUGUUAAUAUUAUUCAGGCAAGGUUUAGAGGUUUAAAAGUCAGGCAGACCCUAAGAAAGAUGCACACUGCAGCAACACUCAUUCAGACACAAUAUAGAAGGUACAGGGAGCAAAAGUAUUUCAGUGAGUUAAAGAAAAUAACAAAAACAGUACAGAACAGAUACCGGGCAGUAAAGGCAAGAAAUGUACAAUUUGAAAGGUAUAACAAAUUGAAGCAUUCAACAAUAUGCAUUCAAGCCGCUUUUAGGGGAAUGAAAGCUAGGAGAGAUUUAAAAAUUAGACAUUUAGCAGCAACUCUUAUCCAGAGAAAGUUCAGAACUCUAAUGAUGAGGAGGAGAUUCCUAUCUCUGAAGAAAACAGCUAUUUGGGUUCAGAGAAGAUAUCGCACAAAUGUGCGUGCAAGGCACAGUUCACAACAGUUUCUAGAAAAGGAUGCCAUUAAAACCCAGUCCUUGAAUAGAAGGUUGAUGGUAAAGAAAGAGAAGCAGGACAUGCACAGGGCUGCAGCACUCAUUCAGGCUACUUUCAGAAUGCACAGGAUGUAUGUGAGGUAUCAGACUUAUAAACGUGCCUCAGUUCUAAUUCAGCAACAUUACCGUGCUUACAGAGCUGCAAAAUUAUCAAGAGAAAACUCUAUCAGACAACAGAAUUCUGCGGUGGCCAUUCAUACAGCAUAUGAGGGAAUGAAAGCAAGUCAGCUCUUAUGGGAAGAGCACAGAGCUGCUGUUAUCAUACAAAGCACAUAUAGAAUGUAUAGACAGUAUUCUUUCUACCAAAGGGUUCAGUGGGCUACCAAAGUAACACAAGGAAGAUACAGAGCAAAUAAAAACAAAAACAAAGCUCUUCAGGCAUCUGUGGUCAUGAAAGAAACAACUUGUAGUCAGGAAGUUCUUCAGGGCAUGAACUUUGGAAAGCAAAUUCAGAGAGAACAUCAGGCUGCCACUGUUAUUCAGAAGUAUUUUAAAGCCUUUAAAGAAAGAAGGUAUUAUCUCCAGCUUAGAGAAGCAGCAGUUUUUGCUCAAAGAAGAUACAGGGCACACAUGGCAGUGCAAAUGCGUACUCAAUCAGUUAUAUGUGCACAGUUUUGUUAUAGAGCCUUUGAGGUACAAGGAGAUGUCCAGAAAAUGCACCUGGCUGCCACACAAAUUCAGUCAUUCUACCGAAUGCACAGGGCUAGAACGGUUUACAAUGCAAGGAAAACUGCAGUUAUCAUUAUACAGAACUAUUAUAGGUCAUAUAUCAGAAUGAAAUCUGAAAGAAGCAGAUUUUUAGCACUCCUGCAAUCUGCACGAACCAUUCAGGCUGCUUUCAGAGGCAUGAAAGUUCAACAGAAAUCAAAACACCUGUCUGAGAAAGAGACCGCAGCCAUUGUUCCCCAAUCUGCAUUCCACUGUUAUAAAACUAAGACGCACUAUGAAGCUGCUCAACAUGCUGCAGUCAGGAUUCAAACAUGGUAUAAAGCUGCUCUGAUUGCUCGUUCACAGAAAGCUGAAUAUCUUUCUCAGAGAAAGGCAGCGGUGACGAUUCAAAGAGCAUUUCGUAAAAUGGUUAGAAGAAAACUGGAAAGACAGAAGUGUGCUGCCCUACGCAUCCAGUCCUUCCUUCACAUGGCUGUGUACCAGAGAAGAUUUUAUCAGCAAAAAAGAGCUGUUAUUACUUUACAGCAGUAUUUCAGGACAUGGCAAGCCAGAAAACGGUUUUUGUUGUAUAGAAAAGCAGCAUUGGUUUUACAGCAUUAUUACCGAGCGUUUUUGUGUGCCCGACAUCAAAGACAAGUUUAUUUGCAAAUCAGAAUCAGUGUUAUCAUUAUUCAAGCAAGAGUGAGAGGCUUUCUACAAAGACAGAAGUUUCAGAAAAUUAAGGAUAGUGCCAUAAAAAUUCAGGCUGUGUGGAAAAGAUAUAAAACCAGGAAAUCUAUACAUAAAAUGAAAGCUGCUUGCAAGAUUCAAGCCUGGUAUAGAUGUUGCAGAGCACGGAAAGAUUAUUUAGCUGUAUUAAAAGCGGUUAAAAUCAUUCAAGGUUGCUUCUAUACCAAACUUCAGAGAAGAAGGUUUUUGAAUAUGAGAGCAUCAACAGUUAUCAUUCAAAGAAGAUGGAGAGCUGUACUUUCUGGAAGACUAAUUCAGGAUCACUUCUUAAUGAUAAAAAGACAUCAAGCUGCUUGUUUGAUCCAAGCAAAUUUUAGAGGAUAUAAGGAAAGGCAGCUCUUUCUUCAGCAGAAAUCUGCUGCCUUAAUCAUCCAGAGGCAUUUAAGAGCAAGGAAGGCUGGAAAGUGUGAAAGGAUAAGAUACGCUGCAUUAAAAAAGUCCACAGUUGUUCUGCAAGCAAUGACCCGUGGGUGGUUAGUAAGAAAAAGAAUUUCAGAAUAUAAAGGGAGAAUUAGGCUUCUUCACUUCACAGCAGCCGCAUAUUAUCACUUGUCUGCUCUUAGGAUUCAAAGAGCCUAUAAACGUCAUCUGGCUCUUAACAAUGCCAAGAAGCACAUCACUUCUGUCAUCUCUAUUCAGAGAUGGUUUAGAGCAAGAUUACAGCGAAAGAGAUUCAUUCAGAAAUAUCAGAGCAUAAUAAAAACUCAGCAUGAAGUUCAACAAUGUUUGGACCAACAAAAUAGGGCUGCGUUAGUAAUACAGAAGGCCGCACGCCGUUAUCUACUGUGUAGAAAACAGGAAAAAAUUAACCUUGGAAUCACUAAAAUUCAGGCAUUAUGGAGAGGAUAUGUUUGGAGGAAGAAAAAUGAUUCUAAGAAAAUUAAAGAUAUACGACUGAGUCUACAAAUGGUUAAUAGAGACAUCCGAGAAGAAAACAAACUUUACAAAAGAACAGCGCUCGCACUUCAUUAUCUUUUGACAUAUAAGCACCUUUCAGGCAUUCUUGAGGCAUUAAAACACUUAGAGGUAGUGACAAGAUUGUCUCCUCGUUGUUGUGAGAACAUGUCCCAGAGUGGAGCAAUUUCUAAAAUAUUUGUUUUGAUCCGAAGUUGUAAUCGUAGUGUUCCUUGUAUGGAAGUCAUCAGAUAUGCUGUACAAGUCUUGCUUAAUGUAGCCAAGUAUGAAAAAACUACUUCAGCAGUAUAUGAUGUAGAAAAUUGUAUAGAUACACUAUUGGCACUCUUACAAAUAUACCGAGAAAAGGCUGGGGAUAAAGUUGCAGACAAAGGUGGAAGCAUUUUUACCAAAACUUGUUGCUUGCUGGCGCUUUUAUUGAAGACCAGAAGUCGAGCCUCGGAUGUCCGAAGAAGAUCUAAAGUUGUUGACCGUAUUUAUAAUAUCUACAAACUUACAGCUCAUAAACAUAAAAUGAAUGCUGAAAGAAUACUUUAUAAACAAAAGAAGAACUCUUCUACAAACAUACCUUUUAUUCCAGAAACACCUGUAAGAACUAGAGUAGUUUCAAGGCUCAAACCGGACUGGCUUUUAAGAAGAGAUAGCCUGGAAGAAAUCACUAAUCCCCUGCAAGCUAUUCAAAUGGUGAUGGAUACACUUGGCAUUCCUUAUUAG